ACGACCGGAACAAAACAAAACUCUCACUUCCGGGUUUGCUGCACGUUGCCGUCUCUCUUCACCAACAAACCUCGGAUUCGUGUUUCGAGUCAAACCGGAGACUAACUCAGAGAAGAUGCCGAAAACAAAGCAGUCAUCGAGGAGGAAGAAGUUCGACUACACGCAGGACCGGAAGAAGCUGCUGAAGAAGUUCAUCAAGAAAAGCAACCCGAGGAUAGAGAACCGUCAGAUUCGACAUGCGUGGGACGAGAGGAAGUCCACGGCCAAGAACCUCCAGGAGAUGGGUCUGGCUUUUGAUCCCAACCGGAGUCUGCCCAUAAAGAAACCCAGACUCCUCGGUGACGACAAAGAGACUAAAGCUCCCGUCAACAUCGUGAUCAAACCCUACGUCCUCGACCAGCUGCAUGAGGAGGCGGGGCGUCCUGAAAAGGACACAAAGACGUUAUCCUCCGACCUGAUCGAGUACGCUCAGUACAUGAUCCGAGAACACGGCGACGACUUCAAGGCGAUGGCCAGAGACGAGAAGAACUACUACCAGGACACGCCCAAACAGAUCAAGAGGAAAAUCAACGAGUACAAACGCUGCCACUCGCAGCACUACGACGCGUUCAUCAGCUCGCUCGCUGCUCCAAAGCCCACGGACCAGUAGACACUUUAUAUUUCUGUUUCUGGACUUUAAACCCGUCUGUGGCGUCACGGCGAGGCGGACGUCAUUCUGGAGAGACGUUCAGACUGUGACAUCACGGAUCACGUGAAACAAAGUGACAGAACGUGGAGACGUGCAGGAGCGAGCUCGAGGUCUCGUUACGAUCCUUCAGGUGUAAUCGUCUUUUUUCCCCAUUUCAUCCUGAAGUCACGGCCUGCUGUGAGGCACAGGUCAGAAUGUCAAAUAUUAAAGACUCAGAUGUUUUUAUUUUAAAGGAGGAUCUUUAUCGUACCUUAUUUUCUCUCCAAGGAUGAAUAAAAACUCACGUACACGCUGCGGACAAACACUGACUUCAAGUUAAUUUAGGAGUAAAAAUUAACUUCUUGGUGUUAAAGGGAGAAUAUGAGUCACAGACGGACAGCUGGAGUCACGAGAUACACAAUCACUCGCUAAAGCUAAAAGACGGUGCUAAUAAACCGUAUGAACAUCAACAAACACACACGAGGGCGCUGUUCUGGACAGACAGAUUUAAAGAUCGACUUUCUGUAAAACCAAAUAAAAUGUUUGGAUACGUGUCCUCUUCAAGUCAACAUGACUUUAACACGAAGAUAAAUAACUGCUUUAUUAAAAACUUGAAUUCAAUGAGAACAA